AUGUGGCGGCACACCUUUCUUCGACACCGCCUCAAGCUCCUCCUCAUAGCGGUGUUGCUUGUAAUCGUCCUCCAGCUUGUCUACUACCGGCCCAAGAUCAUUGAACCCUACUUGGACAUGGCCAUGCCAGCGCCCAAGGAAGACCCGGAAAAGGCGAAGAUACGAAACUUGCUGGUGUUCUUUGACGACUUGGAGAAGUACGCUAUCGAUGCUCCCUCGCUCAAGGGCAACUACAAGACGGAAAAGGCGUUCGAGAAGUUUGCCUCCAACGACGACUUCAUGUUCAAUAAGGAGUAUCUCGAAAACGUGUUGGAAAUCAGUGACGAAACUCAAGCCAAGAUGACUGAUUCUCAUACCCGAUACGUCAACGAUCGCAUCAACCAGUUACUCGAGAACUACGGGGUGUCGACGUUUGGCGCCAAUUUGCCCUCCGAUGCAGACUGGAGCCAAUACCACGGCUCUAAGGGGUACGUCCUUGUUGGCGGUGGGAAGUAUUCGUGGCUUUCGUACCUUGUUAUUCGUCAACUUCGGGCUCUGGGGUCUGAACUCCCCGCCGAGUUGUUUAUCCCGCUGCUGACAGAAUACGAAGCCGACUUCUGUGAGAAGGUAUUGCCCAAGUACAACGCUCGUUGUAACGUUUUCAACGAUACUCUUGGUUAUGACUUGAAGAGAAGAUUCAACUUGGGCGGCUUCCAAUUCAAGAUGCUCGCGCUUCUUACUCUGAAGUUCGAGCAAAUCCUUUACUUGGACUCUGAUGACUUCCCUGUGCGCAAUCCGGAUUACUUGUUUGAAGGAACUAAGUUCAAGGAAACUGGUUUAGUCAUCUGGCCUGAUGCCUGGGCAAGAACUACCAACCCUAAGUUUUUUGAGAUUGCGGGAAAGCCCGUCAAGGAGCGGAAAGUCCGGUGGUCAAAGUUUGACGAUAAGGAAGCGGAACGUCAAGGGACUCAGCUUAAGCCGUUGGAAGAGUACAAGUUUAGUGAGCUGCGCUUCCACGACUUCGAGGGGGCGUUACCUGACCCCACCCUGGAGACUGGUCAGUUGUUGGUGGACAAGACUCGUCAAUUAAAGACACUUUUGCUUGCGUUGUACUACAACGUGUUUGGUCCCAAUUUCUACUACCCCAUCAUGACUCAGGGAUCGGCUGGUGAAGGCGAUAAAGAAACGUUUAUCGCUGCGGCUCACGUUCUCGGCGAACCAUACUAUCAAACCGAAAAGGGGAUGGCGUGGUUAGGCUAUAACCGGGAAGACAAAGAUGGUCAAUUUGACUCAAAGGCAUUGGGUCACUGGGACCCCGAUGAUCUGGCUAAGGAUGAUAAGGACGAUGCCAAACUUCUUUUCAUGCACUUAUCGUACCCCAAAUACUACCCUGACUGGCUCGUUAACAACCACGAGCUCGUGUCGAAAAAGCUGGGUAAGGACGUUCGCAUGUACCCGUCCACCUACGAGAAGAUUGGCUACGACUUUGAUCUCCGCGCUCUUCAAUUGUUCACCAUGGGGGCGUGUUCGAAUUAUUACGGUGACGACGGCAAGCCGGUUGACGCCACUGAAGGGAUUGACAGUUCGGAAUUCAUGGGCCCCCAUUUGGCCUACAUUGCGGGCAUGGAGCGGUUGCCUCAGUGGUGUGAAAAGGUGUUUAUUCCUCACCUCAAGUGGUUAAAGAGCACGACAGAAUACCCCGACACUAGUGUGGUGGUAUGA